UCAUGGCGUCAAUGCAGAAACGACUACAGAAAGAACUGUUGGCUUUGCAGAAUGACCCACCUCCUGGGAUGACUUUAAAUGAAAAGAGUGUUCAAAAUUCUAUCACACAGUGGAUUGUAGAUAUGGAAGGUGCACCAGGUACCUUAUAUGAAGGAGAAAAAUUUCAACUUCUAUUUAAAUUUAGUAGUCGAUAUCCUUUUGACUCUCCUCAGGUCAUGUUUACUGGUGAAAAUAUUCCCGUUCAUCCUCAUGUUUAUAGCAAUGGUCAUAUCUGUUUAUCCAUUCUAACAGAAGACUGGUCCCCAGCGCUCUCAGUCCAGUCAGUUUGUCUUAGCAUUAUUAGCAUGCUUUCCAGCUGCAAAGAAAAGAGACGACCACCAGAUAAUUCUUUCUAUGUGCGAACAUGUAACAAGAAUCCAAAGAAAACAAAAUGGUGGUAUCAUGGAAAAGCUUUCUGUUGAUAAAAUAAUAUCUGAGACUCUUGACUAUGUGGAAGGAAUGACUGAAUAGAAGCUGCUCUAAACAUACCUCGAGAACUCCAGUUGUACAUGUUAAAUGAAGAGUUAUCUGGGAAAGGAGAUCUACUUCCAUUUCUUGGCAUACAUAUUAUCUGGUUUUUGAGGAAAAGUUAAUUUUACAGCUGAUUUUUGAAAGGCGAAAGCAUAAUAUAAAAUCUUAGUAGACUUUGACUGAUUAUGUGACAUAACUUGUCAGAUUUUCUGGUGUGUAGAAAGAUGAAUAAUCCUGCCUGUCUUUUAAAGCCUGAAACAGAAUAUUUAAAGAAUUUUAUAGAUUUUUGUCAAAUACUAUGAAAAUGCAAAUCUCUUUAUAGUUAACCAUAGACUGUUUAUAUAAACACAAAUUGAUUGCCAGAUUCCAGGUAAAAUAAUUAUUUGGAUGGGUUAUUAUUGGGUUAAUUAUCUAGAAGCCAAGAAUUAAGUGCAUGUUCAGGUCAAAAUAAAUUUGUUCAUUUUAGUUGGUACCAUUUUUCUUUCAAUAUUCAUAAAUAACAGAUUGUGCAUUUUAUUAAUAUGAAUGAAACUUAUGCUUGAGGAUUUGAAUAGGGUGGAAGUGUAUUUUAUAAAUUCAAAUUACAAAAAUAUGUAACGUUACUACUUUUUAAAUAGAAUAUAAAUGUUAGAUAAAUCUAUGUUAUAUAUUUUUCAAUACAUGUAUCAAACUUUUGUUAGUUGAAUAUAGGUUACUUUGUGUGCUUUAUGGAAUCCAGUUAAUUUUUAAUAAUAAAGCAGUUGUCAUUUGAUGUUUUUCUGUAUACUUGAAUACUAAAUUAGAUAGAAACUACUUUAUAAUGUAAAACUGUAUAGUGGUUCCUCUUUAGAACAGGUUAUCUUUCAAGGAUUAUGGAAACAUGUCCAUUUUCAAAAUAAGUGCAACAGAAUGUAAUUGCUUAAAACUGUUAUUUUAACGAGUCAUCUUUACUUAGCUAGUUUGCUGGUCCUUUAUGCUUUACUUAAGUCCUGAUUAAAGACUGUUUUCAGAGAAAUUUGAAAUUGAGGCAGAGGUACUUGCUUAGCGUGACCAUGAGUUUAAUGCUGCUGAAUUUAAAGUUGUAUGAUUAAUAAGAACAUACUGUAAAGUACUUUUGUAUACAUUUUUAUUCAAGAGAUUAAUGAAAUGAGUGACAUUUGUAUUCAUAGAAAAAAAGUAGGAAACCAACAGAAAGGGAUAUUCCUGCAUGUUAUUCUUGGCAGGAAAAAAAAAUAAAUAUACUCUGUUGAUACUCUUAAAUUUUCUUUUCUGCAGGGAAUCUGCUUGCCCCAGUGCCUUAGUCUACUUUUAGACAGCUGUACUACCAUAAAAGAUACCUUAUCGCAACAAGCUCUUUCUGCAGCUCCAAACAAUUAGAUUAGUAGAUGGCUAGAUAAGUACUGCAAGAGAUUCCUUUGUACCCUUUAUUAUAUCCUUAAACAAUUAUUUCUGCCUUGUAUAGCAAGUCUGACUUUUCUCCAUUCGUGUAAGCUGCUGUGGAUAAGUGAUUCUGUUACAUUGCUCUACCUAUUCACACUAAGGUAACACAUAACAAAGUUAAAUGAGCUGAGUUGAAAGGUCAGAUGAGGGGCCAGGGAUUUAGCUCAGUGGUGCAGAUGCCUGCUUCGCAAGCACAAGGUCCCAAGUUUGAUCCCCAGAACCCAAAAAGAAAGAAUCAAAUGACACAGCAAAGCGUUUUAUGUAUUUGAAUAGGUGAGUAGGAACGCCUCAAAGUUACAGGAGCUUGUUUCCUUCCUUCCCUCUCUGUUACUGUCUUCCUCCUUCAGGUACGUAACCUAGGACUUACUGUAUGCUAAGCAAUUGCUCUGUGACUGAGCUAUGUCCCCAAUCUCAAAUAGUUUUAAAAAUUGAAUAUCUGACUUUUAAAAAUAUUUGCCUCAUUAAUGCAAAGAAUAUAAGUGGGGAUCCUAUGUGUCCUUUCCAAUUCAGUAGGAUAUGGAAUCUAAGGGAAGUUGAAAUAAACUAAGAAAGAAACCCAAGAAAAUACCGUCUUAUGCCUGUAUCUCACCUUCAAGCAUUAAUGUGUGUGACUACCAUCAGGCGUGAACCUAAUAUGAUUUUAUCCUCCAUACUUUUCACUCAACAUGAAAGAAUUUAUCUUUAUUCUGAUCCCAAUAAAAGCAUAUUUCUCAGCUAUUUUUCCUGUCAUAGUUUAAUGGCAUUCCUAUCCAACCUAGUUAUCAAAGACUGCAACUUUAAUCCUCUCUCAUUUUUUGGUCAAGUAUUAGUCUAUCUUUAAAUAUCUCUGAUACUUCUCCCUGCUCUCCAGUGUCCUUGCCAUCAUGGCUUUUCACUACCUGGUUCUGGGAUUCCCAGGUUACUCUUCAGUUAUCCACAGGCCUUUUUCCUUAUGUAGUAUGCAGGCUUACAUUGGACUUUGGUAACAUUACUGAAUGUUUAUCAUCUGCUUUUCUGCCUGAAAGUUCUGUCACAUGUCAUUUAAAGGUUCGGAUGUGACUAAAACCAUCUGUGCUCUUCCCUCCUCACUUCCUAGCUGAUCUUUGAUAGCAGGCAUAGCUUUGCAGUUGUGUUCCUGUUGCUAGCACAUAGCACACAGAAUCUAGUUUCAGGUUAUGUGUAUAUGCAGCCCUGGGUAUUGAACCUGGGGUCUUCACACUGAGCUAUAUCUCCUUGCCCCUGUUUUGAGACAAAGGUCUCAGCUGCUGAAUUGCCCAAGCUUUGCUCAAACUUGAGAUUCUACUGUGUCUACCUCAGGAAAAAAUGGUUUUUCAAAAAUCAUUAAUCGUUAGUCAUUGAUUUUUGCCUUUUUAAUAUGUGUUUCUUAUAUCCUUACCUUGUUUUGAAUAUAUUCACAAAUUAAAUGUUUUAUUCCAGAUGUGGUGGUGGCUCAUGUCUAUAAUUCCAGCACUCUGGGAAGUGGAGACAGGAGUUCACAAGUGAUAACUGGGCAAAUUAGAGAAACUUUGUCUCAAAAAUUGAAUAAAAAGGAUU